UGUCAUCCGCCUCUAUUAUUCUAACCAAUCAGAGAGCUCGCAGGACGGCGUGACGCUAUCGAGUUGCUGGGCAGAGAACACAAAAUCAACAUCAACGGAGCGUACGCUCGAACUUGGACUACGCGAUAAAGCAGGUGCGAAGGCACAUUUUAUAGCUGUAAAACUUCAUUUUCUAACCAUGGCAACUGACUGUGAGGCAUGGCUGAAUGCAAACCCUGUUGAGGCUGGAAAUCUCAGCGAUUCCUUUCCCUCCGGGGACGAGGACAACACCUUCACUGGAAAUGUCAAUAAUGAGAUCAACGGAAACUGGAUAUCGGCCCCCACCGGCAGCAUCCACGAGGCAAGGCUCAAGGCCAAGGUGAAGAGACGUCUGAGGAAGAACUCCUCUAGGGACUCGGGCCGGGGCGACUCGCUGAGCGAUAACGGCGAAUCUGUCCGGUCUGCCGUUCCACCCACCAGCCCUAAGGGCAAACUGCUUAACAGGAAGUCGAGGAUGGGCAAGGGACGGGGCCUGCCUAAGAAAGGUGGGGCAGGGGGUAAAGGUGUAUGGGGGACACCUGGAGAGGUUUAUGAUGAAGAUGAAGUUGACGUUAAAGAUCCCAACUACGAUGCGGAGCAGGAAAACUGCGUAUAUGAGACUGUCGUCCUCCCUCUGGACGAGGAGACGUUUGAGAAGACGGUCACCCCUAUCGUUCAAGAGUACUUUGAGCACGGGGAUGCUAAUGAAGUGGCGGAAUUGCUUGCUGAGCUGAACCUGGGCAGCAUGCGUGGCGACGUGCCCAUGCUAGCUGUAUCGCUAGCACUGGAGGCCAAAGCCAGCCACAGGGAGCUGACGUCAAGGCUGCUGAGCGAGCUCUGUGGGCGGGUGCUUAAAGCCACCGACGUGGAGGCCUCCUUCCACAAAUUGCUUAAAGAGCUGCCCGACCUGGUGCUGGACACACCUGGGGCUCCGCAGAUGCUUGGCCAGUUCAUCGCCCGAGCCGUCGCAGACGACAUCCUCCCGAAAAGCUUCAUAGACGGCUACAAAGGACGAGUAGACUGUGAAUAUGCCAGAGCGGCUCUGGACCGCGCGGCCGUGCUGCUGAGAAUGAGCCGAUGGACGGGCCUUCGCAUCGACAGUCUCUGGGGUUCGGGCGGCGGCCAGAGACCCGUCAAUCAACUCAUCAAAGAGGUUAACCUCCUGCUGAAGGAGUAUCUGUUAUCAGGUGACACGGUGGAGGCCGAGCGCUGCUUGAGGGAACUGGAAGUCCCACAUUUCCAUCAUGAGUUUGUUUACGAGGCUGUUAUCAUGGUUUUGGAGUCUAAAGGCGAGCGAACGCUUCAAAUGAUCCUGCAGUUGCUGAAGUCUCUCUGCGCCUCCACGGUCAUCACCGUGGAUCAGUUGAGACGGGGAUUUGAGCGGGUGUAUCUGGACAUGGCAGAUCUCAGUAUUGACGUGCCGUGUGCGUAUUCGCUCCUGGAGCAGUUCGUGGAGCAGAGCUUUAACGCCGGAUUCAUUGAUAAAAAACUCAGAGACCUCUGUCCUUGUCGGGGCCGUAAGAGGUUCAUCAGUGAAGGAGACGGCGGGCGCCUCAAACUCGAGGGCUACUGAGUUCGGGAGUCCCGCGAGCCAUUUCUGUGGCAGCUGCUCCGGUCGUGACGUUCACUGGAGCUUUGUAUUUCUUUAAGUUGCUUGUAUUUGUCAUGAAGGUUUCAGUACUAAAACUUCUCCUCCUGUCAGAACGCAAUGGGACCGCAGGGCCAGGCACUUUCAAAUCUGAAGGAGACGUAAAUCCCCCCACGAUCCUUCUGAUGUGACUUAUAUAAGCUAAUCCUGAAAGUGCCACACGUAUGACUUAGUCAUUCCAUGUUUUGUAUUCCUGAGUUCACUGCCACUCCUGUUCUCCAGUCAGCAGUGUUUGUAGAGACUUGCAGAUUUGUGUACAUAGCUUUAUAAGCAGAGGGAACGUGUAAGUUCAGAGCUCUUUCUCCUCCUGGGCUGCUUUUGUAUACUGUGCUCCGCUUUAUUUUCCCUUUAUUUGACUUUUCAAAGAUGUCGUUUCCGACGGACAAAACUGAGCAACGCACAGCAGCUGGGAUCAUUUCACUGAGGGUGUCCAGAACAUUUAUUUUUAUAUUUCAGUAGACUGGUGGAUGUGAAAUGUACCUAACUUACUUGCUCUUUGUUUAAAAUGGUUGAUGAAUAAAUAAUAAAAUGUUGUUGUCAUCACUGAU